AACAGGUCUUCUUGAGAACCUGCAUUCCUCACGCCCAACACACAGACCUGUGGUGAGUACUGACAAUUAAACUCACAACUAGCCUGCUAACGUUAACAAACGACUCGCUAAGGUUGAAGAAAUCCAUUGACAGCUCUUGGUCAUGGCUCAGAGGGAACUGAAGGAAGCGUUUGUCAGCAAUCUCAAUGGGACCAGCCUGGCGGAGGUGGCACUGGGCUCAUUUCUCUCACCAGUGUGUCUUGUCAACAGAGGCCUCAUUUUGAUCCUCUACUAUCAGUCCAAAGGGACUCUACCGCUGCCACUUCCACUGUUUUCUCACCUGCUUCUAGAUCUCUCUGUGCUUAUUCUUCCCCUCAUUGUGUCAUGCACUCUUCUGAGCAGCAUUCUUCUCCAGGUCACCAUAAGCCUCAUCUUCGUAGCAGCUUCUAUGUUUUGCUACAUCUACCGAACCAGCAGUUAUUCUUCUGCUCAGCACCCACAGAACGCUGUCAGCAGCUUCCUUCAGAGUCAUGUUCAGUUUGACCAGGUUCCCUUUGUGACUCUCUUCAGAGUGUUUGUAAAUGUGAAAACAGUCAUCAGCAUUCUCGCCGUAGAUUUUCCUGUCUUCCCAAGGCGAUAUGCUAAGACGGAGACCUAUGGGACGGGGGUGAUGGACUUUGGAGUUGGAGCAUAUGUCUUUGCAAAUGCUCUCGUCUGUCCUGAGGCCCGGAGGAAGAACAUCUCAGGAUCCAAGAUAAAUCAUAUCACAAAGCAGCUAGUGUCUGUGUGGCCUCUGGUUGCUCUUGGUAUGGGGAGACUAGUAAGUGUCAAGAUGUCCAACUACCACGAGCAUGUGACAGAAUACGGCGUCCACUGGAAUUUCUUCUUCACACUGGCCAUCGUCAGAGUUGUGGCUUCUAUACUUUUGACUGUUUUACCAGCCACACAGUCGUGGGUCUUUGCCCUGUUGAUGAGCGGAUUCUAUCAGUUUGCUCUGGAGACAAGUCAGCUGAAGGCUUUCAUUAUCCACAACAAUGACAGAGAGAGGGACUUUCUGCAUGCAAACAAGGAGGGAAUAUUCUCCAUCAUGGGCUACGUAGCCAUCUACCUGACAGGAGUGCAGAUCGGACUCUAUGUGACGCAACCAAGAUCCCGCCUUAAAGAGUGGCUCAGAGCACUUUUUACCCUCUUAUUGGGAAGUUUUGUCCUGUAUGCUCUUGUAUGCACAUGUCAGACCUUCUUGGAGCCAGUGUCUCGUCGUUUAGCCAAUUUACCAUUCUGCCUCUGGAGUGUUGCUCAGUCUUUGUUUUUUCUGUCCUGCCUUGGUUUAGCUGAUAUUGUUUUACUUUUUUCCAAACAAACAGCCGGUUGCCACUUGGUACUCUCAUCAUGGAAUUUGCAUAAAACAAAAUCAGACUCUAACAAAAUCUCUGACAAAAAAAGAGGAGAAGUAGAAAAACUGUGCCUCGUUCAAGCUAUCAGCAGGAAUCAGUUGUUGUUUUUCUUGCUUGGUAACGUCAUGACGGGACUGACCAACUCAGUAUUGGACACACUCAGCUGCAGCAGUUCAUUUUCAGUGUGUGUUUUGCUGUUGUACAUGUUCAUAAAUUGCUUUGGAAUAUAUGUUUUACAUCUCUGUGGAAUUACAGUCAAAUUCUGGUAAAACAAGAAAUUUCAUUCAUGAAACCACAAGUUUCAUUUGUGUAUUUUGAAGGGAGUUUUUGGGGGAGUGGAGUGAAAAUUACAAACACAGGGAACACUUAAUGUUAUAAAUGUUGAUCUGUAAUGCCAGCCAUACUCUUAAGCAUAUGUUUAUUUAUGUAAAUAAAUACCUGUAUUUCAUA